AAGAAACUCUAACAAUUAAGAAGGGAGCACGCUUAAGUGCUCUAAAGGAGUUUGGCGCUUGUAGUAAUAGAAAGAAGGUUAAGAAGAGAGUGCGCGUUAAUAAAGGCAAGCAGACUCAAAGGCGCUGCAGGCAGUGCAGCAAGACAGGACACAACUCACGCACGUGCAAAUCUAAGGUAGAAAACGCAGUAGAGUAAAAUAGCCUACUACAAUUUAUAGUAUUAAUUGCGAUUGUACUGUGCGCAAGAGUAUAAGUUGCGAUUUUAGUAGGGUC